CUGCCCUGCUAGUUAGUGGGCAUGCGCAGUAGGAAGUGAAAGCUAACGCAGUUCCAAACUGUUCCUAGAAUAUUUAACUAUCACAUAAAGAAGCGCAUUCGGGCGAUCCUUUGGGUCAGUACCGAGUUUCACGGGAACAUAUAUUGUCUAUGUUUUGGUUGAACUGGGUCUCAGCGCGGAAAAGGGGGUAACUAAACUUGUUUGGCUACUUUUGGCAAGUGACGCUAAUGCAGUAGUCUGACACUUGCUUCCUGUUUACGCUACUAGCUUAAAAAUCACCGUGAGAAAUGUGAUAGGUAAAGCUAGGGGACUUUUUAACGCCGCGGAGGAGGAGGGAAACACGACCCUGUACAGCUGUGCGCUUUUUCUUUACUACAUGAGUCUGUCGACGGGAUGUCGCUGAGUUCGGGUGGUUGGACCCACUCCCCCGGCCUCACACCGGACCAGUCCACCGUCCUCCCCAGCACCAGCAACUAUGAGACCUCGCAGGCCGGAUGCCAAACCGUACUCAUGUCAGUUCGGGUGUCGGUGUGCCAUUCUGGGAUUCGGCCGCUGUGUCUUCCGGGGGCAGUUGAUGAGUCACUCCGCCUGCAGCUCAGCAUGGACCCGGGGAAAUCCGGGGAAUUCCGCCUGUCGCUCCAGAACACCAGCGGGACUGGCCGGAGCAUGACCAUUGCCGAGUUUGAUCUGAGGACUGUAAAGUACGAGGUGAAGUCACCAAAGUGUCACGAGCUGAUGUUAGUUGCUCCUCCGCAUGACCGCAUCAGCUUCAACUUCCUCUGUGAGCAGGAGGCUCAGGAGUGGGCCACUGUGGUCACGUCGGCACUGAAAGAAGCACACAGAGUUGUACCUCAAGAAAAUGAUUCAGAGCAGCUCUCCAUUGGGCUCCAUUUUCAGAGCACCUCAACCUUACAAAAAACAGAGGAUUCAUGCAUAGAGCUGAGCAGAGCCAUCGAGGCGGGCGACAUGAAGUCUGCUUCUGUGUUUGCUGCUGCACUCGCCCAUCAGCACGCAGCGCUGAAGAUCCAGCCUUCUGCUAAAGACUACGAAGACACUGAAAUCAAUUUGGCUGUUGUAGUGGAGGAUUCCUCCUCAUCCUGUUGUGUCACUGUGAAAGUUUUCCCACACAUGACUACUGCAUCGUUGAAACAGCAGAUGUUUCUUGAGUACGGCUUUCACCCACUUGUGCAGCGCUGGAUCAUCGGCCAGUGUCUGUGCUCUGAUCAGCGCUCCCUUGCCUCAUAUGGUGUUCGACAGCAUGGAGACACGGCAUACUUGUACCUUCUGUCAGCCCGCCAUGCUCACCUAACCUUCCAAGUCCUGCAGCAGGACCAGGAGAGUGCUCUCCUCCUCAGUCCUUCUCAGUCCAUUCAAAACCCUCCACUCGCUGCCAAGUCCACAAACGGGCCCUCCUCCCAGGACCAGCGGUCAUACGCCACCCUACCUCCAAGCUUCAAGGAUGGUCGGUCAGAGAGACAACACAUCAGAGACCUUACCAGCCUGGAAAUGCCAGAGCUGAAGGAAGCUCUGAGUCUGAGUCCAUCUUCUUCUCAGGGUUGGGCGUGUCCGUCGUGCACGUACAUAAACAAGCCAACGCGCCCGGGCUGCGAGAUCUGCAGCACGAACCGCCCCGAGAGCUACGUCAUCCCAGGAGGAUACCAACCGGAUGCACUGGAGCUCCGACGGAUCCAGCGGGAGAAGGAAGCCAUCAGACAGUACCAGCAGGCGAGGGAGGAAGAGCGAAUGGAGAAUUUUGCCCGCCUUGUUAGGAUGGACGGCCAUGACCUGAUACCCAACCCUGAGCCUGUGGAUUGUAGGAUUUGUUAUGUGGAUCUGCCGCCAGGAGAGGGCGUCCUGCUGAGGGAGUGUCUGCACUGUUUCUGCAAGGAGUGCCUACGCUCCGUCAUCAUGCUGAGCGAGGAGCCCGAGGUUUCCUGCCCGUACAGAGAUGAUGCAUAUUCUUGUGCCGGUGCUUUGCAGGAGCGGGAGAUUCGAGCUCUGGUGUCUGCAGAGGAGUACGAGCGCUGGCUGCAGAGAAGCCUGUCGGUGGCGGAGUCUCGGUGCGAGGGCAGCUAUCACUGCGCGACUGCUGAUUGCGUGGGGUGGUGCGUGUACGAGGAUACGGUCAAUGUCUUCCACUGCCCUGUUUGUAGGAAACACAACUGUCUCAUUUGCAAGGCCGUCCAUGAAGGAAUGAACUGCAAACAGUACCAGGAUGAUCUCACAGCACGCGCUAAAAACGACUCCGCUGCCAGGAGGACGACACAUCUACUAAAGACUCUCGUGCAGUCGGGAGAAGCCAUGCACUGUCCUCAGUGUGGCAUCAUUGUGCAGAAGAGGGAUGGAUGUGAUUGGCUGCGCUGCACCGUUUGUCACACUGAGAUCUGCUGGGUGACCAGGGGGCCUCGCUGGGGGCCCAGGGGUCCUGGAGACACCAGCGGAGGAUGUCGGUGCAGUGUGAAUAAACAGAAAUGUCAUCCUAAAUGCCAAAACUGUCACUGACCUAACGACGGAGCACAACAUCAGAAGGGUUUAACUGGAAAUCAACAGUUCUCAUUAAACACGGAAGAAUGAACUUAAAACUCUGAGCUAUUUAAAACAAAAGCUGUGUGGCAAUAUUCUCAGUUUAAGACAUAAGAGUAUUAUUUCAUAAUCAUGUGGGGACUGUUUGUUUUUAACGAUUGCACUGCAGAUGUAGCCUAACAGGCAUGUUGACACUUUAUGUGUUUUAGAUGUUACAGAUGAGGCGUAAAACUGAAGUGACCUUAAUUUCUGCACAAAACGCUGCAACAGGGUGUUACUGAUCUCAAGUUUUCUUAGAAAUGAUCUGAUUCUUGGUUUGGUUUUAAUUACGAGUCUUUCUGCAUAAAAACCUCUCAAGUGGGUGGAGUUACGUACUCCGGUACUCUCCGGAGAGUGUGUGUGUGUGUGUGUGUGUGUGUGUGUGUGUGGUGGUCUGCUUAUGCUGCCAUGUUACCAAAGAUAUUAAAAUGAGCCUUUUUGUCUUUUUAUUUUUCAUCACAAGUUUCACAAUUUGGGGAAACAAACUUUUGUGUCCAGCUAACCACUCGCAUGCAUCAGUCACCAGCUGUUACACCAUCUUGAUUGCAAUAAUAUCCACAUUUUGUUAAUAAGCUCAUGAUUUUUGUUGUAAAGACAUUAAAUAUAUAAAGGUACGUGUGAAGGUAUCCCACAAACGUAACAUUUUUAAUAUUUAAUGUGACGGCUUUGUAUCUACUGAAGUAUUAGAAAUAUUUUCUGUCAUUCACAAAUAUAAAUGCACUCAAAAAUGGACUGACACUACUGCCCAGGACUGACGAGCCAUACACAGAUGGUCACUGUUUCAGAAGUAUAAUGUCAGCCGUGUGUUGCUGAUGUACUGUUGUGCCUUAGUUAAUGAUACUAAAACUGCUUCAGAUGCAGCCUUUGGUUUUAUUUAGUGAGUUUUUUUAGGAGCCUUUUGAGCUGUGUUGUAAUUUAAACUUUUGAUUAUGCGUUUUUGUUUUUAGAGAAAAGUGACGGUUGUUUACAUGAUCUUUUGCGGUAUUAAACUGUUGGAUUAAUGAAAA